AAGAGUUGCAGAAGGCCAGAAAUCAGAAACCUCCUGAACUUCAUAGAGCUACCAUCGACUACGACCUAGAAAAGUAUUAGAACCAUCCAUCAGACCAUUGGUGCACCAUUAUCUCUUCCCUUGAAACUUGGUACACUUCUACAACCAGUGGCCUGGGAUGAUGAUAUCUAUGCCAAAAUUACAACAGUUUUGCCUGAUAGUCACUUGGUGGCUUGUGGGACUCUUAUCUUGCUUGGUGUUUAUUCAGUAUUCCUCACAUACAUGUGCACCGGAACUCAUUCCUUAUCAUCGAUCUUACAAUAAUGUAAACACCCUUAAACCCGUUAACACUCCAGGUCAACAGGAGGAAAAACCCAUUCUGCUGCUGUGGAUGUGGCCUAUGGACAAGCGGUGGGACUUUAAAGACUGUAAAGCCAUGUACAACAUUGACGGCUGCCAUUUGACCGAUGAUAGAAACCUUUAUAACCAAUCAGACGCAGUCCUCGUUUUCCACAAAGGUAUCAAAUGGGACCUGUCCAACCUUCCGCCGUCUCCUCGGCCUCCGUUUCAAAAAUGGAUCUGGCUUCACGUCGAAUCGCCGACCAACACGGAGAGGAUUCCCGGUUUGGAGAAGCUUUUCAACCUCACACUGAGCUACAGACAGGAUGCCGACAUUUCUGUGAGGUAUGACCUCACGGUCAACAAGAAGCCAAACAAUGACUUUGUGAUCCCAAAGAAGGACAAGCUCCUGUGUUGGUUCGUGUCCAACAUGGCCACCAUUACUGGAGUAGGGACCAGGCUGAAGUACUACAAUGAGUUAAAGAACCACAUCAAUGUGACUAUUUUUGGAGGAAUGGUUGGCAAACGCUUGAAAGAUGAAGACUACUACUCCACGAUGGCUAGCUGUAAGUUCUACCUCUCUUUUGAGAACUCCAUCCACAUAGACUACAUCACGGAGAAAAUAAAUGGUCCUCUUUCAGCUGGGACAGUUCCAGUCGUCUUGGGGCCACCGAGAGAAAAUUACGAGCAGUUUACUCCGAGUAAUGCCUUCAUUCACAUCAACGACUUCCCUGAUGCUGCAUCACUGGCUAAAUAUCUGCUUCAGCUGGACAAAGAUGAUGAAGCGUACAAGCGCUAUUUUGACUGGAGAAAACACAUAACAGCGACACCGCAUCUAAUCUUUCCUUAUCAAGAGUUCAUCAUAUACAUCUGUCAUGCCUGUGAAUAUAUUGGAAGGUACAAAGACUAUAGAGCUGCAAAAGACCUCUACAAGUGGUGGUUUUCAUAAAGAGGAACUUGUAAACUUUUUAUCACUCUAAAUUUUAGGGACUGGGCUUAGGUUUCUUUAUAAACUGGUUUAUUCCCGAUAACAUGCACAAAAUAAUUCCUGAUAACGUAUAUCCUCAUGGUAGCAAGCGAGUGACUAUUCAUUACAAUAGAAAUAAAACAUAAAUGUCAUUACUGUGUGCAUUAAGUGAAAAAAUGUUACAGAAUUCUUCAUUAUAGACUAUUUAUUUUUUAGGUUUUAAAACACAGUUUAAACUAAUGCUAUUCAUUAAUACAUAUGAUGGUGAGUAAAAAAAAUAAAUAAAAAUUCAUUUCUAUUGCACAUUUAUGAUUUUUUUUCAUAUUACAGAAUUAUUAUAAAAAUUAUUAUAAAAACAACCUACACAUAACAAGGCUUUUUACAUUUUACAUUUUUUAUUUCCAAAAUAAUUUUUAGACUUUUUUUUACUUAAUGCACUUGAUGACAUUUUUAUUUAUUCGUAUUUUCUAAAUGUAAAAAUCAUUAUUCAUAGAUAUUACAAUGACUUAAUAAUUAUGCAUUAUUUUAAACAUGAAGAUGCUGAUGAUUUCCAUUUGUAGCACUGCACAAAUGAUCACAUCUCAAAUAAGACAAAGUCGGUCUACACCGAGGUGGUGGAAUAUAACUUAAAAUAACUCUGAAGAGCGGACUUACUGACUGGCCCCUCUGUGAAAUUUUUUUAAUUAUAUGUUAUUUUUUCCUGAUUGUUUGAAAAAAACAAAGAAAGAAAAAAUGGUUCGAAGAGAGUUUUAGACUUCUGGUAUCCUUUGAGUGUGCUGGUUGUACUGAUGUAUUCGCUAAAAGUGACGUCAAAGCACUUUUAUAUGUCACUCUGGACGAGUGCAUUUGCCAAUCGGUGUAAAGCUAUAUAAAAAUUCAGAUCUUUAUCAGCAGAAAAAUGCACAGAACAUUAAGUGAUUUGAUUUGGAUAUGGUUUAUUUGAUUUGUCGGCUCAAGUGGCUAAUAAGAUAAACCCUGCUCAUAACCCUAUAACUACGUUACGAUACUCCUGAAAAUCCAUGGAGCAAUACCCGAGAACCUGCAGGAUGUCUGAUUGUGCGAGAGAACAAUUGAAAGGAAAUAUAACAAUGCCUGCAGUAGAAUGAAGGAUAAUGUUUAUUAUCUGACAUGUUGCGGUUGGAACUUUCCUGUUCUUCUUGUUUAUUUUUUUUGGUAAAUACUGAACAUGAUUGACAACUAAAAUGUUUUGUUGUGUUUGUACGUAAAGAUUUAAGUAUAAAAGUCUUGUUUGUUCAAGUCAGUUUAAACAAUAGAAAUUUUGCC